UUGUUCUUACUUUCUGGGGUGUAUGUCCAGGGGUGGAAUUGCUGAUUGAUAGUCACGGACAGGAACCUUCGCUAGGACCAGCUAUCAGCAUCUGAGUCCUCCACCCGGAUGGUCACACGGUCUGCCCUGCCCCAGCCUCAGCCAGCCGGCACGGGGUGUCAGAAAUGCCCAGCGCCCCCCAGCCCGGCCCCGUGGGAAGGGGCGUCCAGGAGGCUGCUUGGUCGCACGAGGGAACCUGGCUUUGCAAAGAAGAUGCGUCCUGUCUUCUGGAAUGCUGGGCUGGCCCCUCUGGCCUAGCAGGUUUUCACUGGGUCCUCAGUGGCUGAGAGAGAACACAGAUUACCCCGCAUGAGGCCUCCUCCUUCUGCAGGUGACGCCCCACCUCUGCCUCCUCCAAGGAGAAACCAGAAGGUACCUGACAGGAUUCCUCACCCGGUGCUCAGCCCAUGACCCUCCCCGCCCAACCCCCUUCCCCUGAGGAGCCCAGACAGAACGCCCCCUCCCGUCUCCCACUCACCAGUGUUCAUACUGCACACCUUUCCUUCUCAGCGCCUCUCGGAGAGAAGAUGCUUAAAAAGACAUGAAAAGUGGCAAAAUGGCCAUGCUUCUAAAAAGCUAUUAUUUUAACAGCUUUAUUGAGAUAUAAUUCACAUACCAUAAAAUCCACCCAUUUAACGUAUACAAGUCAAUGAGUUGUAGUUAUCCCAAGGGUUGUGCACCCACCACCAUAAUCUAAUUUUAGACUAUUUUUGCCCCCCCAAAAGAAACUCCUUAAUUCCUGUGCACUGUCUCCCAUGCCCCCCCUCUCCAGCCCUCAGCAACCACCAGUCUGCUUUCUCCCUUGGAUUUGCCAAUUCUGGACAUUUCAUAGAACUGGAAUCCUACAGUGCGUGGCCUUUUGUGACUGGCUCCUGUCACUCAGCAUGACGUCCCCAAGCUUCAUCCGUGUCGUGGCUCAGCGCAUCACUCCUUCUCACGGCUGAGUAAUACUCCAUCGUAUGGAUGGGCCACAUUUUGUCUGUCCAUUCGUUGUCUAUUGGUGGACAUUUGGGGUGUUUCCACCUUUUUUUUUUAAAGAUUUUAUUUCUAAAUCCCUGCCCUGGAUGUGGGGCUUGAACUCACCACCCCGAGAUCAAGAGUCUCAUGCUCCACGGACUGAGAGAGCCGGGCGCCUGUUUCCACUUUUUAACUAUUGUUAAUAAUGCUGCCGUGAACAUUUGUGUUACAUAUAUGUUGCCAUUUCUCCUAUAUAUGUAUCCAGAGGUAGAAUUCAAGUUAUAUGGUAACUUUGUGUGGAACUCUGUGGAACAGCCAGACAGUGUCCACACCGGGUUUAUCCCACCAGCAACCUGUAAGAGCUCGAACUUGGCCACAUCCUUGUCAACACCUGUCAUUGACUGUGUUUUGAUUCUACCCGUCGUAGUGGGCACGAAGUGGGAUCUCACUGUGGUUUCGAUGUGCAUUCUCCUGAUGAUUAACGACGUUGGGCAUCUUGGCAUGUGUGGCUGUGUUUCACACACACAUUCAACACCCAGGUAUCCACCUAGUGUUGCUUGGCUGGGCCCCUGGGACACAGGGGUGACCCAAACAGACACAGUCCUGCCCAACAGAGCUCUGGUCCAGAGGGGUGCAGACAUGUAACCAAGACAGGUACCUGCUAAAAACAGGGUCCUGGAGGGUCACCCAUGAAGUGACUCACAAGCCACAAUCCAGACAGGCCUGAAGAGCGCUGGAAGGAAGGAAUGGGUCCUGAGAUCUUCCUUCCAGACCUUCCAUAAAAUCAGAAUAGGAACGUGAGUGUUGGCAGUGUGUUAGGACUUGGUCAUGUUCUUGGUUUUAAGGUUGACCACAGAACUGGCAGAGAUGAAAGAGAUGGCGUCCCCUGGAUGGGUGACGAUGGGGCCAGGACGGGGAUGCUCACUUGGGUUGUGUGUGGGCUGCAGCUGAGUUACCCAGCAUCUCCGCGAUCGCCUUGGAGAGGUGACAACACACAUAAAAACCCAGGGAGCGGAAAGACAACAGGUGUCAGGAGCGCGGUAAGGCUCCUCCAGUAUUCCCCUCCGCAGCUUGAGCUUCUGGGCGACCGGCCUCCAGAGCAGCCCUGCAGCCGCUGCCAGGACGUGUGCCGUGCAGCUGACGCACGGGGGCCACCGUGCGCUCCCGGAACCACCCGACCACCGGGACCACCCGGCCCACUGGGACCACCCGACCACCCGGCCCACUGGGACCACCCGGGCCCACCCGGAACCACCCGACCACCCGGCCCAGGGGACCCACCUGGGCCACCCGGCCCACGGAAGCCACCGCACCCACCCGGAACCACCGGGCCCACCGGGAACGACGCGACCACCCGGCCCACCUGGACCACCUGGACCACCAGGCCCACAGGCCCACCCGGAACCACCCGGCUCACUGGGACCCACCGGGCCCACCCGGCCCAUGGGACCGACUUGACAUGGAUGCGCGGGGACCCAAAGCCCCCGGCGGGGACGCGCUGCGGGACGCGUCAGUCAAUGAGGCCACAACAGGGAGAGCUUUCCCACCACUGAGGGCCCACCAGGCGCUAUUCUGAGACACACACGGGACAGCAGACACUAGCACCUGA